AUGGCCGACAAGUCGCGCCAAUCCUCGGGUGGACGCUCCAUCUUCUCGAGGAACAAGCACAAGGACAAGCAACCAGACCCGCGCCACCCCCCGGAACAAUUCCCCUAUGACAACACCAGCUCUCUAUCGUUGGGAUCGCGAACAUCGCGUCACAAGCGGGAAUCUUCCACCUUGUCGAUCGACCGAGCUCACUCGCCGGAGCAGCCCAGCCCCCACACGCCAGGCUUCAUGUCUUCCAUACCUUACGAUACCACACCUUCGGGAUCUCGUUCGCCUAUAUCUGUCGAUUACCUGCCCAAGGGUGACCAACCACCCGUUCGCAGGGAUCUGCAACCCUACCAGUUGAACCGAGGUACUUCGGACUAUCACCAAUACCAAUCGACUGAUUCAUCACAUUUGAACGCCCCGUCGCAACGGCCAGGCACGGGCCAUUCGAACGUCACAAUGGCCUCGACUGGCAGACAGGCGCAAUACCAGCAAUGGGGCCCUACGCGCGGCAGCAUGGCGAGCACGGUCAACGGUUCUCACGGAUCGCGCUACGAUUCGUACUUGUCUACGAACAACGAUAAUGCGAGCUUAUACUCAGCUCAGAGCUCUCACGGCUCCCACCGCGACUCCAAUCGACUCACGAGAUUCCCCGGCGCCGCCACCGGACAGACCAGCCCCGACGGGUUUUACUUCCCUAAGCCUGACGAUGACAAUGUGGUCAAUGAAAUGUUCCAUCAACUCAUGAUAAAACGUGGUUGGCACAACCUACCAGAGGCGGCGAGGCGGCAGAUGGACGCCUACCCCCCACAAAAGAAAUGGACGUUGCUUCACCAGGACAGACUCACUGAAUGGCAAAACGAACAAAGGCGGCGCCAGACAGCUCGACCGAACCAGUACGCAGCGCCGGACAUCACUGCCGCCUCGGACGAAGAGGGAACGCCCGAGUACUACGUUAGGCGCGUCAUGGGCGACCAGCUGGAUUCCAAAGGCAUGGGCAGUCUGGAGGUGAACUUGCGCACCCAGCAGAUCGGAUGGGUUAAACGCUUCAUCGAGUGCCAAGGACAAGUUGCGUUGGUCACCCUGCUCCUGAAGCUGAACCGCAAAACAUCCCAAGGACCGGCUCUCGACAACGCCAAGCUCGACAAAAACCAGGACAAGGAAUACGACAUCAUCAAGUGUAUCAAGGCCUUGAUGAACAACAAGUUUGGUGCCGACGACGCGUUAGUACACCAGCAGGUCCUCGUGGCACUUGGAACGUCCCUCAUAUCGGCUCGGCUUUCUACGAGGAAACUUGCCAGUGAGAUCUUAACAUUCCUCUGCACAUGGGGUGACAAUGGGGAGGGCCAUCUCAAAGUGAUCAACGCCUUGGACGAGGUCAAGGCACAGCAUGGGGAGAAUGGACGGUUCGACGCUUGGAUGCGUCUCGUCGAGGUGACCGUUGAUGGACGCGGCAAGAUGGGCAGCCUCGUGGGCGCAAGUGAGGAACUUCGGACAGGUGGAACUGGCAUGGAGAACCUGUUGAUGGAGUAUGCUCUCACGACGCUCAUGCUGGUCAACAUGUUGAUCGAUGCUCCCGAUCGCGACUUGGAGCUGCGUAUCCACAUCCGCGCUCAGUUCACGGCGACGGGCAUCAAGCGAAUCUUGAGCAAGAUGGAGUCGUUUCAGUACGACUUGUUGGACAAGCAGAUCGAAAGGUUCCGCAACAACGAAGGAAUCGACUACGAAGAUAUGCUGGAGCGGGAGAACAGCAGUAUGAAAGACAACAUUGAGGGCGAGGUGAAAGACUUGACGGAUCCCACGCAGAUCGUUGAGGCUAUUCAGCAGCGAAUACAGGGCACCCAAUCCAGCGACUACUUUGUUUCGGCGCUCCAACACCUCAUGCUCAUGCGAGCCCACGAUGGCGAGGAGCGGCUGCGCAUGUUCCAACUGGUCGACUCGAUGCUGAGCUAUGUGGCUAUGGAUAGGAGGUUGCCUAACAUGGACCUCAAACAGAGCCUCAACUUCACUGUACAGGCUUUGCUCGACAAGCUGCAUACGGACUCAGAGGCGCGACAAGCGCAGGAUGAAGCACUCGAGUCCCGCCAGAUUGCCGAGGCAGCAAUGGCAGAGCGUGAUGAAAUGAAAGCCCGCAUUGAGCUGGGAGCCGACGGAUUGGUCGCCAAACUCCAGAAGCAGUUGGACGAACAAACGCGAUUUAUCGAGGCGCAGAAGCGACAAGCCGAUGGUCUGAAGGCGGAAUUGGAGAAUCUUCAGACAGUCCGGGCCAAAGAGGCCCAGCGCAACGAGUUGGAGACCCGCGAGCUCUACCUCAUGCUGCGUGAUGCCCAAGAUGUCGCCGCAUCCAACGCUCUCAAGGGCAACGCGAAGACUGCGACCGCCGCAGACCCCGUCAAGACUCAGGGGAUCCUCGACCGCGAGCGCCUCAUGGAGCGACUACAGAUGCAAAUCGAGCGCCAGAAGACACAGUACAAGCUCGAGGGUCGCGUGUGGGGAGAUGCUGCCGGACCAUCCGACAGGUUGCGCGCUCUUCGCGAGGAGAUGGAAGGCGAAGACGUCGAUGGUGAGCCAGGCACGCCUCCUGGAGGCGGUACACCACCAAGAGACUUCACCAACAGUGUGCUCGGGAGUAUCAACCGUCAAACACGCAUUCCGCGCAAGCCUGUCAAUAUUGACUCGGAAUCUAUUCAAGAAGAGCUUCCUCAGAUGAAACCCAGUCCUGACCGGGCGCAACAGGCGCACUUAUUGAACGAAAUUGGGGCUAAGAUCCAGAAGUAUGACGGGAGCGACGAUGAGGAUCACGACGAGACUGCCACCGGACCCUCCAAAUCCAGCAUCGACUUGUCUUCCUCUCCCAUCACGCCAGGAGACAUCGAAUCGCCGCCCAAAGUCGAGGUCACUGGGACAGGACCGCCGCCGCCGCCGCCGCCGCCACCUCCGCCCCCGAUGCCCGGCAGUCAACUUGGAGGACCUCCUCCUCCUCCUCCUCCUCCUCCGCCUCCUCCUCCUCCCAUGCCUGGGCAGUUGCCUGGCGGGCCUCCUCCCCCUCCGCCGCCCCCAAUGCCUGGCAUGAUUCCGGGCGCACCACCGCCGCCGCCGCCGCUGCCCGGGAGCCAAGCGGCAGCAGAUGCGAGCGCUAUGCCGCCUCCGCCCCCACCUCCGCCGCCCAUGCCCGGUGCAAUGCCCACUGGGAACUUCUUGGGUCAGAAACAAGCCUACAAUGUGGCACCUUCCAUUGGUCUGCCUGUAGCUAGACCCAAGAAGAAGCUCAAGGCACUGCAUUGGGACAAGGUGGAUACCCCUGAGACGAGUCACUGGGCAGCGCAUGCUCCCUCAGCCGAAGCGCGAGAGGAGAAGUACAACGAGCUUAGCAAGAAGGGUAUUUUGGACGAGGUCGAGAAGUUGUUCAUGGCAAAGGAAAUCAAGAAGAUUGGCGGCGGCCAGGCCAAGAAGGACGACAAGAAGCAGAUCAUCUCAACCGAUCUGCGGAAAGCCUUUGAAAUCGCAUUGGCCAAGUUUUCGCAGUAUUCUGUGGAAAAGGUUGCACAGAUGAUUAUCCAUUGUGACGUGGAUGUGCUCGACAAUCCGGUCGUCAUGGACUUCCUCCAGAAAGACGACAUGUGCAAUAUCCCUGAUCAGACUUCGAGAGAGAUGGCACCCUACAGCAAGGACUGGACAGGACCCGAUGCGAAAGAUCAGGCCCGCGAACAGGAUCCUACCGAACUUACGCGCCAAGACCAAAUCUUCCUCUACACAGCGUUCGAAUUGCACCAUUACUGGAAGAGCAGAAUGCGUGCUCUGGCCAUGACACGUAUCUUCGAGCCCGAGUACGAAGAGCUCAGCGAGAAGAUCCGCCAGAUCGUGAGCGCUUCCGAAUCUUUGCGGGACUCGGUAUCGUUGAUGAACGUCUUUGGUCUGAUUUUGGAUAUCGGUAACUACAUGAACGACUCGAACAAGCAAGCUCGCGGAUUCAAGCUCAGUUCUUUGGCGCGUCUCGGCAUGGUCAAGGACGACAAGAAUGAGUCAUCUCUUGCCGACCUUGUCGAGCGCAUCGUGCGCACCCAGUACCCCGAAUGGGAUAACUUUACUAAUGACAUUGCCUCGGUGGUGACGAUCCAGAAGGUCAACGUGGAGCAGCUGCAACAGGACGCCAAGAAGUACGUGGCCAACAUCAAGAAUGUUCAGUCCUCUCUUGAUUCUGGCAACCUGAGCGAUCCCAAGAAAUUCCAUCCAGAGGAUCGUGUCUACCAGAUCGUGCAACGAUGCAUGAAGGAGGCCCGGCGGAAGGCUGAGCAGAUGGAGCUCUAUGUCGAUGAGAUGAUGCGCACAUACAAGGAUAUCAUGGUUUUCUACGGCGAGGAUCCCACGGACGAGAACGCCCGCCGCGAUUUCUUUAGCAAACUGGCGUCGUUCCUGAACGAAUGGCGCAAAUCGAGGGAGAAGAACGUGAUGCUGGAGGGAGUGAGGAAGCGCAACGAGGCCUCCAUGAAGAGGAAGCAUGCGGCACAGUCCAAGGCCGCCCAUGCCACGGGCUCCGACCCCGCCAGCCCUGGCCUGGGCUCCAACACUGGCGCCAUGGACUCCUUGCUCGAGAAGUUGCGUGCUGCCGCGCCGCAGGCUAGAGACCAGCGAGAUAGGCGGCGGCGUGCACGCCUCAAGGAUCGCCACCAAGUUCGCGUCGCGUCAGGGCAGAAGAUCCCUGACUUGGGCGAGAUAUCCGAGGCGGAUACAAGCUCGCGGGAGAAGGAGCAGAGCAUCGAGGAAGAGAGUACCCUCAAAAGCCCCGAGGCGGCGUCAUCCAAAGAGGGCGAAGACGAUGUUGCCGAUAGGGCAGCGGCCUUGUUGCAGGGCAUGCGGGGUGGUGGAGACGGCGCAGAGGACGAUGAUCCCGAGAAGAGGGAGAGCCUGCGCAAGGCGAGGCGUCAAACAGCCGAAGAAGAGCGCAGGCUGCGCAGGAGAAGGCGAGAGAAGGCGUCGAGCAACCAGGCCGACGAGGGGGAGAGCACAAUCGUCGAGGAACCGGCGGAGGCGGAGACCGCGGCGCCCGAGACACCAGCUGAGGAUAAGGCAUAG